AACAAAACCUUUGAAGAAGCCAUCAUCUCGUACCUUUGUUAACCUAAUCAGAUUCACAAUCACAAGCCAACAAACGAUGGGAGUCUUUACAUUCGUAUGCAAACUCUCAGGUACCGAGUGGUCCGCCAAGCAGCUAUCCGGCGGUGACCUAGAGGCCUCCGCCUCCGACUCCUACGAUCUCCAGAGGAAGCUUGUCCAGUCUGCUUCUGCUACCGACUCUUCCGGCGGCGUUCAGUCAUCUUUCUCAAUGAUCACUCCCAAGUCUGCCGUUUUUCAGGUGAUUAUUGGUGGUGGUAGUGGUGGAGGUUUUGCUGCAGCAGGAGGUGCAGCAGCAGCUUCAGGAGGCGGAGCAGCGGCUGCAGCUGAAGCACCUGCUGAGGAAGCAAAGAAAGAAGAGCCAGCUGAGGAAAGUGAUGAUGAUUUGGGAUUCUCUCUCUUUGAUUAGAGUAAUAUUUUCAGCUAUUGCUAUCUUUAUUUUGAUCUGAGUUUUGUCACUUGGGUUCUUUUGCUAGAUUCAGUGAAUUAGAUUUUUUUCGAUUUGAGAACUCUUUGUUAUUAUAUGAUGAAAAGCUUCUAAAAGAUUCCAAUGUUAUAUUUCUCGUCAGUUUACGUAAUCAUAUCCCCUAUAUAUAUGCGUUGCUUA